AUGCCUGUACCCACAGCCCUACUGAAACCGCCCGCGGCGCCCAAGUCCGUUCCGCUCCCCGGUCUCGACCAGGAUGACGAACUUCUUCUCGACGUGGAAGACAGCAGCCUUCCAGAGCCUGAUGCUGCCGCGGCCCCCGAUGCGCCCGAGGAUACAGAUAUGACUGUAGAUGAGGAGGGCAGGCCGCGAUUUGUCCCCGGAAAGGACGUGGAUCCGAUUCGCCGCGCCGAGACGAGAAAGGUUACAAUUCCGCCAAACCGCAUGUCUGCUCUAAAAAGCAACUGGACUAAGGUAAAUUUAUAUCCUCCUCUCGUGGACCAUUGCAAACUCCAGGUCCGCAUGAACACGAAAGAGAAACGCGUAGAGCUUCGAUCGAGCAAAUUCACCCAAAGCGCGGAGGCUUUGCAGAUGGGAGCGGACUUUGUUUCCGCUUUUGCCAUGGGGUUUGACAUCGAUGAUGCGAUUGCUCUGCUCCGCCUUGAUUCACUCUAUAUACAAUCCUUCGACAUCAAGGAUGUUCGACAGACUCUUGGCCCUGACGCGCUGGGACGAGCCAUAGGCAGAAUUGCUGGAAAGGACGGGAAAACCAAAUUUGCUAUCGAGAAUGCAACGAAAACGCGGAUUGUCCUUGCUGGGUCGAGGAUACAUAUCCUUGGGGCUUUUGAAAACAUCGGAAUGGCCCGCGAGAGCAUUGUCUCAUUGGUGUUGGGAGCUCAGCCCGGAAAGGUUUAUAACAGCCUGAGGAUAAUUGCUUCUCGGAUGAAGGAAAGGUUUUGAUCAUGUCCUCUGGGUCGAGUGGUAGAUUGGUAGCAUGGCAACUAGGACAGGCGUUAAGGAGCUAUUCUCAUCGAUUGGGGUAUUUUGACACGAGGC